AUGGCUAACAAUAAUCACAACAACUACCCUCAAUACUCUUACGAGCAAUACCAACAAUACUAUUAUCCUCAAUACUACUCGAAUCCCGGGAAUCAGCCACAGAUCCCUCAAGGCGAUCCCUCGGCUGCUUUAUCGAGUGUUGUAUAUCAAAUGCAACAAUCCUCUGCUCAUACAACUACCUAUCAUCCACAUUAUUAUCACUCAUACCCGCCACAACAAGCUACGGACUAUUAUGCAGACUAUUAUGCAGCUCAGGAUCAACAAAGGUCCAUGUUAAACUAUGGAGACUUGGCCCAACCAGCUUAUCGUCGAACCAAACCUAACCAACAAUCCAAUCCACAAGAACCUCUUGAAAAACCCAAAGUGUGUUGUAAUCGAUGGUUAAAGACAGUCAUGGCUGUCGCACAGCAUGAAAAACUUCAUAUUAAAUGUCCAAGUUGCGAUCAUAUGUGCCUUCCUUCAGUUUUAGAAGAACAUGAAGAAAUAGCACAUGGAAAAGUCCCAAUUAACAAGAAACCAUCAAAACCAGAUGGUAUUAUUCCAGCCAAUGCGCCUAAAAUCAAUACACCCGAAGAAUUAGAGGCUUGGAUUGCAGCUAGAAAAAAGAACUGGCCAAGCAAAGCAAAUGUAGAGCGAAAAGAGAAGGAAGAGGUUGAGAAAGAAGCACGAGGAGAAUUGUCAGGCAAGAAGCGUAAGAUGAAACAAAACACUCGACAAGAAAAGAAACAAAAGACAGAAGAAACAAAUGGACUCAUAGCUCCUUAUGAUUCCGAAGAAAAUGACGAAGAGGAUGAUUUGAUGGAUGUAGAAAAGGACGCCAUCACUUCCAAAGAUCCUUCGGCCAUAGGCAAAAUCUUAUUGCCUGAAGACAAACCCAAGCGAAGAUGUAAAUAUUUCAUGUCUGGUAAAUGUAAGCGAGGUGAUGAAUGUACCUUUUUGCAUGAAAAGCCUGAGCCUAGACCAAAACAACCUCGCCCUGCUCCAGCCAUUAAUAGAAGGCCCAAUUUGUUGUUCAAGCUGCUGGAAAAAGACAUUCUUCAAGAAAAGAAUGUUAUUUUGCAAUGCCUUCGUUAUAUUGUUGACAACCAAUUCCUUGGGAAUGGAAACAAGAUACAAACGAAUGACAACAAUAGUUUACAUACCGAAAACAAAGAUGUUCAAUCUCAAGAAAAUAGAGCAGAACAACAAAGUAUAGAGCCUCAACAAACACACGAUACAGGAGAUCAAGCAGCAGGUUUAGAUGAGGGAGUAGAGUCAAAUGAAGAAGCAGAUACAAAUGAAGAAGUAGAGGCAAACGAAGAAGUAGAAGCAAAUCAAAGAAAUCUCAAUUGCAAUACACAAUUAGAACAAGUAGACAAUUUACAAGAAAACAAAGUGGAUGAAAUCCAAUAA